AUGAAUCAAAAAGCAAGACAACUCUUAUUGGUUGUAGCAUCAUCAUCGACAAAGUCGACUGUAUCUUCAUCAUCAUCAGUUGCUACAUUUGGUUUGGGGUUAGUUCAACCCCGAAGAUCUCUUGUAUUUAAUAACAACGUUAAUAAUAAGAAUAGUAUUAUUAUUUCAUCGCGAUCAUCUCAAAAUAUAACAUUAUAUAAACCAUCAUCAUCAUCAUCAUUAUCAUCACUAUUUAAUAAUAAUAUCAACUACAACAACAAUAACAAUGUAUUCAUCAAAUCAGCAACACUCUUUAAUAAUCAUAAUAAUAGUAAUAGAUAUAAUAGUAUAAUAACAAUGACAAGUAAACAAUAUUCAACUAGUAAUAAUGUUGAACCACCAAAGAAUAAUAAUGAAAAUAAGAAACCAGAAGAACAAGAUACCAACAAUACUACAACAACUUUACAAACAAAUGAACAUGGUGAUUUGAUCAUGCCAACUGGAUUAUCAAUGGGACAAAAGAUUAAAUUCCUAUUCAAACAUUAUGGUGCGAUUGCUGUAGUUGUUCACUUUACAUUCUACCUUUCAACACUUGGAGCCAUCUAUGUUGCUCUUUCCAAUGGUGUUGACCUUCAAUCAGUGUUUGACAAGUUUGGUUUCGAACGUAGUUCACUCGGUGAAGGAUUAGGUGUAUUUGCAUUGGCAUUUGCAAUGAACAAAUUAACUGGUCUCAUUAGACUUCCAAUCACUCUAUUCACUGUUCCAAUUGUUGCCAGAUUCAUUAGAAAAUUAAGAAAUAAAUAA